GUUAUCUCAACCUAUUUUUGGGGCUGUAUGAGUGAUGUUUGGGGUAGACGCACGGUUUUAUUAUGGUCCAUGUUUGUUUCAAACUUCCUGCAAUUCGUAAUAAUGUUUGUAACCAAUAUUUGGUUAUACAAUAUUAUAAAUCUUGUAAUGGGAAUCAGUUUAGGUGGUAUAUUAGGUGCCAUGUAUCCGUAUCUUAGUGAGUUCAAUACGGCUAGAUAUCGUGCUAUAGUUAUAAAUUAUUCUACUAUGUUUGUUAGUGUAACAGUUAUGUUUGUGCCAGCCAUUUCCUGGUUGGUGCUGUCCUACAAUUGGUCCUUUGAAAUAUCUGAUUCAUUUACCUUCAAACCCUGGCGUUUGAUUAUAUUGUUAAGUAUGCUGCCUGGUUUUAUUGGUGCUUUAAUAUUGUUACCCUUUCCUGAAAGUCCAAAACUUUUAUUGGCCCAUGACAAACAAGAUGAAGCUUUAAAAGCUCUCUAUUGGAUUUCGAAAUUUAAUACUGGCAAAAGUUUAGAGGUUAUGCUAAAGACUACGAAAAUUUAUUUAAAAACAGAAGAGUUAGCAGAUGCUGAUUUGCUAACAAUGGGUUCGGGUUUCUCUGUUAUCACGAAAAUAUGGAAAGCUACAGUACCACUGUUCCAUAAACCUCAUGGCACGAAUGUUAUCUUAGCUGUUAUAGUUCUGGGCAUAAUGUUUUGUUCCAGUGGUAUGCAGGUAUGGUUUCCCGAAAUAGUUAAUCGUUCAGUUGGUGGUUCAGUAUGGGGUAAUAGCACAACAUUGUGUGAAAUUUUAGAUGAAUCCUAUAGACGUGAUCGUUUGAAUGUAACAAAUGAAGAGGGUGAUAUAAGUCUAGUUUGUGAUGAUACCAUUUCCCCUAAAACCUAUAUCAAUAACAUGAUCAUGGGUUUAGCCUUUCUGGUGGGAUUUUCCGUACAGGGUAUGCUAUUAAGACCUUUGGGUAGAAAAAAUGUUUUAAUUGGCGGCAUACUGAUAGGAGCUUUAUGUGGCAUAUUAUUUAAUAUCAUCACUAACACAACGGGUAUUUUGAUAUUACUUUGUUUGUGUAUCUUGUUACCGGGCCUGGGGGUUUCGGUUAUGUGUGGCAUCAUAGUGGAUUUAGUGCCCACACAUUUUAGAGGAAAAGCCGUCAGUUUGGGUUUUACCUUGGGCCGCAUCGGCACUAUAGUGGCCACAAAUUUAUUUGCCGCUAUGUUACAGCCAUAUUGUGCGGGCAUUUUUGGCAUAAUUACUUGUGUACUUUUUGGUGAGUGUUCUUUUCAUUGUGCUGGCAUCGUUUAUUAUUUGCCGAUUUAG